UUCUUUCCUACUUUUCUUGUCACUGUGUCAAAUACCCGGUUUUCCUUCGCGCUCAAUAUGGACCCAAUCUCCUCACUUACUAUUCAGUCAUGGACGUGCUACGCUAUAGUCGUAGCCAUCGUCUUCGCACGCUUAGUGUUUCGACGCAUCAUGCUCAAGUCGUUUGUAGAUCUGCAGGCCGAUGACUGGAUCAUGGUCUUCAUAUUACUUCCAUUCACGGCAGCAAUCGUCCUCAUGGUCCCGGCAGCCGACCAAAGAAUGACGAACAACCGUGUGUAUCGAUACGUGCUUGAGGAGCUCCAGAUCGUCAUCGCAUGGCUUGUCAAAGCAUGCCUGCUGAUACUGUAUUGGCGCAUCUUCCCUGUCGCAUUCAACACGCUCAGAAGACGCUACGUGCAAGUCGUCACGACAGUCUGCGUACUGUCAUUUAUUAUCACCCAAGUUUCGCUGCUAUCUUGGUGUCAGCCUUCCGAUCUGAGCGACCAGCAAUGCAUGACCUACCGAGGUCAUACCAUCGUGUCUCUGGCAUUCGAUGUCUUGACUACUGUCCUCGUUCUCAUAAUGCCAACACCUUUUAUCCCAACACCACGGCGCUUACUUCUUGCCAUCCUGAUGGUCGCCGGGAUCAUGACGCUUAUCUUCGGCAUCCUCGCUCGAUACUACAUCCUGGCGGCGCCGACAUCAAAAACACACGUCUUCUACUACAUCUACGAAACCACACUGCUCGUUGUCUUCGCCAAUCUUCCUUUCUUGACAUCACUUGUUGUCUCUACCACACCAGCACGCAUCCGUGAGUUCGGUCGCAGUAUUUCCUUUGCCCGCGAUGGCGUCCACAUGCUGCUAUCGCCAUGGCCGAGGAGUAGCAGAAUGAGUGUUCAGGACAUAGGAUCUCCGCUACAAAGAGUCGACCGGCUGGGAAGCACGGUGACCGUGACAAGCGGGACUUUGGAUAGAAAGGAAUAUUCAGCGUCUACGUCUGUGACGCGGCCAGGGAGCGCAAAGUGCGGAAGCGAAACGCUGGGCAGACCAGACAGUGGAAGAGGUUGGCCUUUAGCUUGAUGGCAGGCGUAUACA